AUGGCGCCCUCUUCGGUCCCGCCCAACCCCACCUCCCAUAAUGUCGCCCAGCUGCUCCCUCGCUUCGCCGACGAUGACCCCGAUUUCCGCUUCAUGGCCCUGAGCGACCUGCACGACAUCCUCCUCAUAGCUCACCCCGGCCUCCUCCUACACGAUGAUGUCGUCUCGGCCAAGACGGUCGAGGGUCUCCUCACAACACUGGUCGACACCAAUGGCGAGGUCCAGAACCAGGCCAUCAAGUGCUUGGGCCCUUUCGUCAACAAGAUCAGCGAUAAGACGCUGCCUGUCAUGAUUGACAAGCUCUCUACGCUUCCCACUGGCAACACGGUCGACCAGUCUAUACCCGCUAUGGCCCUCCGCGAAGUCGUCAUAACCCUUCCCCGUCCUACCACCGGUGCUGCGCGCAGCAAGUCGGUACAAGAUGCAUACAGCGCCAUCAGCAGGGUCCUGAUACCACGUCUGAUCGGAUACAAUGUUAUACAACCAGCACAACAGGGCCUGACACAACCGCCCAAGGGCAUGUUGGAGUCAGACCUGGAGAAGGGCUCGGACAGCAACGCUCUUGACGUUCUCAUCGAAGUCGCCAAGUGCUUUGGUCCUAUGUUGCAGGAUGUAGAAAUCCAGGCUUUGCAGCAGAUCACCUUCGCCAUUCUCGAGAACGACCGGGCUAGCUCUAUGAUGAAGAAGAAGUCCGUCACUGCCAUCUCGGUCCUGGCCGGUUACUUCUCAGACCAGCUUCUGAGCAGUUUCCUUUCAAAGGUCAUCGAACUUCUGCGCGAUCCCCACCUCACUCGCAGCAAGCGGAAGCUGUACAUUACUAUCUUAGGCUCCAUGGCCCGGUCGAUCCCGCGCAAAUUUGGUCCCUACCUAAAGACGCUGGCGCCCUUUGUCUUGAGCGCCUUGAGCACACAGGAGCAAGACGAGGAGAUGGAUGUCUCAGACGACGAGGGUGAGCGCGACCCCGAAAUCGACGAGGUGCUCGAAGCCGCCCUUAUUGCCUUGGACGGGUUCCUUGCCUCCUGCCCGCAAGACAUGCGCAUGUACACCGACGAAACCAUCGAAGCCGCGACGCGCUACCUCAAGUACGACCCUAAUCUGGCGCAAGACGACGACGACGAGGACGAUGAUGACAUGCCAAGCGACGAAGAAGACGCGCUCGAGGGCGAUGACUUUGAAGAGGAGACGGGUUAUGAUGACGACGAGGACGCAAGCUGGAAGGUCCGUAGGUGUGCGGCCAAGGUACUUUACACUCUGAUCUCGACGCGGAGUAAUGGCGAUCUUCUCGACGACGGAACUCUCUACGACCGGGUUGCACCAGCGCUUAUAACACGAUUCAAAGAGCGGGAAGACAACGUACGCUUGGAGGUCCUGGCCACUCUAUCCAACUUGAUCAAGAAGUCGGGUGACGGACCCUCGCCUGUCAAGUUCGCCGACGAGACUCCUCAGAGUGGCACAAUGCCACCACCGCCAAGCAAGAAGCGUCGUCGCGGCGGUAGCGAUGCCAGUAUGUUUGAUCUGCAGGGCAGUUCGUCCUUGUCAAUGGGGUAUGCUUCACCCGCACCAGCUGGAACGCCUCCCGUCGGCCCUCGCGCAAGCUUAGCUAAGAUCAGCCCGGAAAUUGUCAAGGGCAUCGCGCAGCUUCUGAAGCAGUCAUCAUGCCCGCCUACCACAAAGCAGGCGUCCAUCUCUUUGAUCAAGGACAUUGUCAUCACCCAGCGUGGUGGUCUCGAUGGGUACCUCAACCAACUAAUCAACCCUGUUGUAGAAGCUGCGAAGAUUACUGGCGGUUCGACAAGUAGUGCUUCCGCUACCGCUAACACCUUACGCACCCAAGCUUUGCAGUUGAUAGGAGCCAUCGCCGAUACUCACUCGUCCAAAUCCAUCCAGCCAUAUGUAGCGGCUAUCAUUGACGCGCUCCUCCGUGGGGUCAAGGAUAAGUACAGCAAGUUGUCUAUCGAAGCUCUGGCAGCAACAGAGCAGGUCAUCAAGGCCCUCACACCUCCCCGAGCUGCUACAGCAGGAACGGAGAACCAGCAGCAUCUAGAGCAAUUGUUCGAUGCGUUAGUCAACCGCAUAUCAGCGAACGACGCCGACGUGGAAGUUCGACGGAGUGCUAUUCACGUCCUUGGAUUGUUGCUUGGUAGGAGCUCUGGUGAACAAGGCCUCCUCUCCUCGCCAAAGCGAACGGCUGGACUUGAACUUCUGGUAGAACGCCUGAAGAACGAAUUGACAAGGCUUGCUUCAGUACGUGCUGUUGAUUCUGUCGCUGCCCACACCAAGGCGCAAAAUGAGUUGUCAGCCAAAUGGGUACAGAAUGUCGCACUGGAACUUGCUGCACAAUUACGGAAAGCCAGUCGCGUAUUACGCGGUGCCAGCCUAAGCGCGCUACGCACUCUCUCAUUGAAUUCGCUAUCACGGAGCCAACUCGACAACAAGACAAAAGCACAGGUGGUGGAGAUGCUGCUUCCGCUGCUGAACGCCAGUGAUCUGCACCUCCUGGGACCAGCUCUUAUUAUCCUGGCUACAUUCGUCAAGGACGACGCGCAAGUCAUCAUGACGCCCAGCCUCAACGAUGCCCUUUGUCAAGUCGCUCAAGGCUCGAUAAGCGGAACGCCGUUGGAUGCACUCCUCCAGCUAGUACGCACUAUCGGAGAGCAAGGCGCCGGAAAGGCCUUGAUGCAAGCACUGCUACAACAAGUCGGUGUAUCUGGGCAUCCAGAGGUGGUAGGCAAGGUCAUUGGUAACUUGCUUGUAUAUGGUGGCAACAGUGUUGGCGUAAAACUUGAGCAGUUCAUCACCGAGCUUGAGACGGCACAAGACGAUAAGCGCAAGUGUCUUGCCCUGGUAGUGCUUGGAGAAUCUGCAUUGCGCCUUGGUUCGCAAUCUACCAUUGAUCCCAAGUUGUUCAUCAAGUACUUCUCUGCUAAGUCGGAGAACGUACCACUUGCGGCCGCUGUUGCGCUUGGCAGAGCCGGUGCUGGAAGUGUCAGCAAAUAUCUUCCCGUUAUUCUGUCAUCUAUGGGACAGCCUUCUUCACCGCAGUAUCUGUUCCUACACGCUAUCAAGGAAGUCCUUCAGCAUGACGACACGGAGUCGGAGAUCAUCCCGUACACAUCAACACUGUGGGAAAACCUCGUUGUUGCUUCGCAGCUCGAAGACAACAAAGCGAUCGGUGCAGAGUGCAUUGGCAGGCUUACUAUCAUUGACCCGAAGACGUACCUUCCUCAACUUCAGGCGUUCUUGAACGACCGCAAGGAAAGCUUACGCGCCAUGGUCAUUUCUGCUCUACGAUACACCUUCACCGAUACCGAUGAAGCCUACGACGAAUACCUCCGCCCCAUCGUUGUGCCCAUGCUUGUACAGAUGCUCAACGAGCCUGAUCUCGAGAAUCGCCGUCUUGCUCUUAUGACGUUCAACUCCGCCAUGCACAACAAGCCUGACAUUAUCCUCCCUGCACUCGACCAGCUGCUUCCACUGGCCAUGAAGGAGACUGUCAUCAAGCCUGAGCUUAUUCGCGAGGUGCAAAUGGGUCCAUUCAAGCUCAAGGUCGACGAUGGCUUAGAGAUCCGCAAGAGCGCAUACGAGACCCUCUAUGCUCUUCUCGAGAAGGCCUUUGCACGGCUGUCACCCAUCGAGGUCUCCGACUUUUUCGAUCGCAUUGUCGCUGGUAUUACCGACGAGCAUGACAUCCGAGUUCUGUGCAACCUCAUGCUCACCAAGCUCAUGGUCAUUGCACCAGACCAGGUCCGCUCGCGUCUGGAUUCUCUUGCCGAGAACUUCCGCACUGUACUUGCCGUCAAGCCAAAGGAGAACGCUGUCAAGCAGGAGAUCGAGAAGAUUCACGAAGGCGCCAAGGGAGUACUCAAAGUGUCCAUGCAGCUUAACAAGCAAAUGGGCACCGAAGCCGGUAUCGGUCAGGACGAUUCACAGUCUCGCGUCUGGGCACAGUACUGGGAUCAGAUCCAGAAGGAACAUGAAAAGGGUCUGAAGGCUGUUGCAGAGGAGCUCAAGGAGCGUGAUCGCUAG